CACCAAGGACAAUAAGAAACGUCAAGAAACGCCCCUUCGCGACUUGUAAACACAUUAUUUGACCCAAAGCUUACAAAAUGGCCGACUCAAAGCAAUCCAACCGCGACUGGGCUGCCGAUGAUGUGGAUGCCGAUGAGCUUCCCCCAACUACCGAAUCUACCGAUGCCAACGGUAUCACAACUAUAGUUAGCUGGAAGUACAACGCGGAUGAUCAAAAGGUCAAGGUGACCAGGAGAGUGAGGAGACGGUUGCAGGUCUCCACUGUGACUCAGACAAUGGCGGAGAGGAAGCAAUGGCCAAAAUUCGGUCUCGACAAAGGAAAGCCUCCUGGACCCGACAGAAAGACUACCAUUAUCGGAGAGAACCUUCAUUUCAAGAUCGCCCCCAUCAGCAAGAUCCAACGUGUUGAACCUGAACCUGAAACAGCUGUCAAGGCUCCCACCGGAAAGGCGGUUGUCUGUCGACUCUGUAGUGGUCAACAUUACACUGCGAGAUGUCCUUUCAGGGAACAGCUUGCUGCUAUCGACAAUCUCAAUGCAGACGGAGCAGAGGAAGAGCAGGUUGUUGUUUCUGGAACUCUGGCCGCCAAGGGUGCUGGUGAGACAGGUGGCAAAUAUGUCCCUCCAUCUCAACGCGCAGGGGCCACUGGUGCUGGCGACUCAAUGUUCCGAGCUCGAGACGAGCUUCCUACCCUUCGUGUCACCUCCCUUUCCAUCGAUGCCGAAGAAGACGAUCUUCGGGCUUUGUUCCAACCUUUCGCCAAGAAUGGCAAGCUUGGAAGGGCCAAUAUCGUCAGGGAUCGAAACACGAGGGUCAGCAAGGGUUUGGCGUUCGUCAGUUUCGAGAGCAAGAGAGAUGCAGAGGCGGCUAUGGCUCACUUGAAUGGCCGCGGUUACGAUUCAUUGAUCUUGGAGGUCGCCUGGUCACAGCCUCGAGGAGAACGAACGUAGUUGUAGUAUAUAGGAGUGUGUUGAUGCGGCUUAAAAGCGGCGAGCGGUGUUAUGCCGCCUUGUAUAUGCAGCCCGAUACCCAUACGAAAAUACUGUCAUCGUUUAUUGAAUCAAUAAAGAAGGAAGAGCAUGGACAUGCGGCCUGAAAGGCGAGUUCAGGCGAUGACUAAUGCUGUU